AAGAGAGAGAAAGUUCAAAGUGGAGAGAACGAGAGAGAGAGAGAGAGAGAGAGAGAAGGGUUCUUCUCGCGCAUUACCUCUCGUCCUUUUUUUUCCCCAUUUCAAAUCGUUGAAAUUCAAUUCAAAGUUCAAGCCCUAAAAAUACAAACGCAUAAUAUUUUCUCAGAGAGAGAGAGAGAGAAACACAGAGAGAGAGAUCUAAUUCCUUCAGAUCUCUCCGAUUCCGAUUUCACUCCGAUCGAUCUCUUUGCGCUAUUUCAGUUUUCUCCGAUUUUCGUUCAUCCGUAAAAUUUUGAGAAUCAGAUCGUCGGAGAUCUUCGAAAGCUCAAGUCGAUGGAGGCGAUCGAGGAGUUGUGUCAGCUAUCGGAGUCGAUGCGACAGGCCUCGGCUCUGCUCGCCGACGAAGACGUUGACGAAAUUUCAAGCUCCUCUGGUUCUUCUUCUAGAAGAGCCUCCACUUUUCUUAAUUGCGUUGCUCUCGGCAAUGUUGGUGCUGGUAAAUCUGCUGUCUUGAACAGUUUAAUUGGUCAUCCUGUUUUGCCAACUGGUGAAAAUGGUGCUACACGGGCGCCCAUAAGCAUCGAUUUACAGAGGGAUGGUUCUUUGAGCAGCAAAUCAAUUGUUUUGCAGAUUGACAAUAAAUCUCAACAAGUUUCUGCAAGUGCGUUGCGACAUUCUCUACAGGAUAGAUUGAGUAAGAGUUCCUCAGGCAAGAGUCGAGAUGAAAUAUAUUUGAAGCUACGCACAAGCACAGCUCCUCCCCUGAAGUUGAUUGAUUUACCUGGGCUGGAUCAACGGAUCAUGGAUGAGUCAAUGGUUAGUGAAUAUGCUGAGCAUAACGAUGCCAUUCUGCUAGUUAUAGUACCUGCGUCCCAGGCACCUGAAAUUGCUUCGUCUCGAGCCCUUAGAGUUGCCAAGGAAUUUGAUGGAGAUGGUACCAGAACCAUUGGUGUAAUUAGUAAAAUAGAUCAAGCUGCAUCAGACCAGAAAGCUCUGGCUGCUGUUCAGGCUCUCCUGUUAAAUCAGGGGCCCUCAAGAGCAUCUGAUAUGCCAUGGGUUGCUUUAAUAGGUCAAUCGGUUGCAAUAGCCUCCGCAUCUGGAUCUGUUGGCUCCGAGAGUUCCUUGGAAACUGCAUGGAGGGCAGAGAGUGAAAGUCUAAAGUCCAUACUAACUGGAGCCCCUCAAAGUAAGCUUGGGAGAAUAGCUUUGGUGGAUGCUCUGGCACAGCAGAUUCGCAAUCGUAUGAAAGUCCGGCUUCCUAAUAUCCUCUCUGGGUUGCAGGGCAAGUCUCAAGUAGUUCAGGAUGAGUUGGUAAGGCUUGGUGAGCAAAUGGUGAAUAGUUCUGAGGGCACCAGGGCUCUAGCCUUGGAACUUUGUCGUGAAUUUGAGGAUAAGUUUCUCCAGCAUGUUACAUCCGGUGAGGGUGCGGGUUGGAAAAUUGUUGCCAGUUUUGAGGGGAACUUUCCAAAUAGAAUCAAGCAACUUCCUUUAGACAGACAUUUUGAUAUCAAUAAUGUCAAGAGGAUUGUGUUAGAAGCGGAUGGUUAUCAGCCAUAUCUUAUAUCCCCUGAAAAGGGUUUAAGAUCCUUAAUUAAAGGUGUCUUGGAGCUUGCAAAAGAACCAUCACGACUCUGUGUUGAUGAGGUACACCGUGUCCUGGUAGAUAUAGUUUCUGCUGCUGCAAAUGGUACACCAGGUCUUGGAAGAUACCCUCCUUUUAAGAGAGAGGUUGUGGCAAUUGCAAGUGCUGCUUUAGACGUGUUUAAGAAUGAAGCAAAGAAAAUGGUUGUUGCACUAGUAGAUAUGGAGCGAGCUUUUGUGCCGCCCCAACAUUUUAUCCGUUUGGUGCAAAGAAGAAUGGAGAGACAGCGCCGGGAGGAGGAGCUCAAGACACGUUCCACAAAAAAAGGACAAGAUGCAGAGCAAGGAAUGCUAAACAGGGCAACUAGUCCUCAGAUGGCUGGUCAACAAACUGGUGGAAGUUUGAAAUCAAUGAAGGAGAAAUCUGGUCAGGCAGAGAAAGAAGCACAGGAGAAUUCAGGUUUGAAGACUGCAGGCCCUGAAGGAGAAAUAACGGCAGGUUUUAUAUUAAAGAAAAGUGCAAAAACUAAUGGAUGGAGUCGGCGGUGGUUUGUUUUGAACGAGAAGACCGGAAAGCUAGGGUACACCAAAAAGCAAGAGGAAAGACAUUUUCGUGGAGUCAUCACUUUGGAGGAAUGUAAUAUUGAAGAGGUCUCAGACGAGGAAGAACCACCGGCACCUCCAGCAAAGAGUUCGAAGGAUAAGAAGGCUAAUGGACCAGAUUAUGGAAAAGCACCCAGUCUUGUGUUCAAGCUCACUAGCAAGGUUCCAUAUAAAACUGUGUUGAAAGCUCAUAGUGCCGUUGUAUUGAAGGCUGAGAGUAUAGCAGAUAAGACUGAAUGGAUGAAUAAGAUAAGAAGUGUUAUUCAACCUUCUAAGGCAGGACAAUUGAAGGGUACACCCACUGAAGGUGGUAUGCGACAAAGUCUUUCUGAUGGUUCUCUGGAUAUGAUGACUCGAAAACCUGCUGAUCCUGAAGAGGAGCUUCGGUGGAUGUCUCAAGAAGUACGUGGUUAUGUUGAAGCAGUUUUGAACAGUUUGGCUGCAAAUGUCCCUAAAGCAGUUGUCCUUUGCCAAGUUGAGAAAGCCAAGGAAGACAUGCUAAAUCAGUUGUACAGUUCUGUCAGUGCACAGAGCACAGGCAGGAUUGAAGAGCUGCUUCAAGAGGACCAGAAUGUAAAACGUAGGAGAGAGCGCUACCAAAAACAGUCUUCUCUCCUUUCUAAACUAACGCGCCAACUUAGCAUUCAUGACAACCGAGCUUCUGCUGCUUCCAGCUUUUCUAAUGGAGGAGCAGCAGAAAGCAGUCCUAGAACCAGUGGUCCUUCUGGUGAUGACUGGAGAUCUGCAUUUGAUGCAGCUGCUAAUGGCUCUGUUGACUACAAUUCCCACAGUGAUUCUUUUAGGUCUCGAUCCAAUGGUCACAGCAGAAAUUCCAGCGACCCAACACAAAAUGGUGAUAUGAACUCUGGUUCAAACUCCAGCAGCCGGCGUACUCCUAAUCGGUUGCCACCACCACCACCACCGUCUGGUUCUUCGGGUUACAAAUACUAUUAAAUGGCCGACUUACAUUGAUUGAUGACUCAUAUUUUCGUUGCAUUUUUGGUGGGGGAGACCACUCAGCCCCAUUUCAUGAUUCAAGCAUAUGGUCACCCUAAAUUCUAUACUAUUAGAAUCUUUAGAAGAGGAGAGAGAGAGAGCAAGGAAGGGAGGGUGUUUGUGUACAUAGAAGACUACAAUUACUUGGUAUCAGGUUCUCAUGGCUUGGCCCGAUGGAUUCAAGGUUCACUUGAAAUCCAAUUAUUAUAUUCUAUUCAAUUUUUCUCCAUUCUCAUAAAGUUUUAAUUUUCCUUUUUUCUUGCUCAUUUUUGGAUGCUAGAGAUGUAUUUGCUUGUAUUGAUUCUGAUUUCAUGUGUACUUUCCAUCUUUGAUGGCCUUGUAACAUGUGGAACAUCUUUUUCUAGUAAAGGGAGAUAUUUUUUGUUUCCCAUUCUUAUA